AUGCCUGGCCGCAAGAUUUCGAAGCCCGAUAUACAGGAGUCUCGUUUCGAUUAUCAUGAUGAUAUAGGUGCCACGCUGCAAGAGGCUAGGACGACCGGUGCCGUCUCUAUUUCGGCCGAGUUAUUCGAGAAGCUCUAUCUUGCUCCCAAGACGGAUGUCAGCGGCCAUUUGAGGAAAACCUUUGGGAAUCCGACUCCUAUUGGUCUCGUUGGAUUCCUGCUCGCUUUGACGCCCUUAUCAUGCGAUCUGAUGCAGUGGCGAGGCGCUUCUAGCAGUGCUGCGAACGGAAUUCCACAGUUCUUUUUCUUCGGGGGCUUGCUCCAAUUCACCACCGGGAUCCUCGAGUUCGUGCUCGGGAACACCUUCCCGUCCGUCGUGUUCUGUACAUUUGGCGCAUUCUUCUUAUCCCUCGGGGGUACUCUCAACCCGUCCUUCGCCGCCUUUUCGUCGUUUGCUCCGGUAGGGCAGGAUGCGUCCGUUGGUCUUACGACACAGGCUUUCAAUGCCGGAUUCGGCUUCUUCCUUGUUUUCAUGGGAGUCGUGUCAUUCAUCUUCUUCAUUUGCGCAUUUCGUACGAACGUCUGCUUCGUAAUCAUCUUCUUGACACUGGUUUUUACCUUCGCCUUGUUGACUGUGGCGUAUUGGCUGCUUGCCGAGGACUUGACGGGAAAUGCCUCGACAGCCAAUGAUUUUGUUGUUGCCAGUGGAGCGUGUGCUUUCGUUUGCUGCGCGGCAGGCUGGUGGAUACUCUUCGCCAUUGUGCUCGAGUCUGUCGAUUUCCCUUUCCAGCUGCCAGUUGGUGACUUGAGUCGCCUGGUCAAGCCCAGGACCAAGCCUGUACCUGCUCACGUACACCGUGGAGAGGUUUAA